AUGACUGUGCAGGUUACGGCUCUCGGUGUUGGCCUGAUGAGCCCUCCAAAAGAGCUAAUGUAUGGACUGUGGGAGAGCUCACUAACAACGGAUAUAUUGGCCAGUCAGAUAACAUUGGCAACCCCUCGCGUCGAUGAAAGGAAUGGAUGUAUUUUCGUCCUAGAAGCCGGACUCGAUGCUCGAAAUCGCAUUGUUGAGCUAGAUAAGUCCGGAGAUCGUGCUCGAGAUGUGCUUCCUGCUCCGUACAGUGUUGGUACUCAAGUAUACGAGUACGGAGGCGGUGCCUUUACGAUCGAUAGUGAAGGCAGAGUCAUCUUCUCUGAUGGCCCAACCAAUGCGGUUUGCAUCCUUGACCUGCAACUCUCGACGGUGACUCGAGUCUUAGGGGAUCCAAGGCUGAGGUUUGCCGAUUUCGAUGCCCACCCUCUGAUCUCGCGCUGGGUAAUUGCUGUUCAGGAGGACCGCAGCGACCCUACUCCAUCCAAGGUCCGGCAUAGCCUGGUCCUUAUUGAUGUGGAAAAGGGUCGAGUGAAUAUUUUGGAUGAUGAGCAUGACUUCUACGCAAACAUGCGUUUCUCAGCCGACGGCCGGGGGGUUUGCUGGCUCUCCUGGGAUCAUCCAUAUAUGCCCUUCAACGGGGCAGUUCUGCGUACUGCUCACUUCCAGAGUAACGGCAGUAUCACCAACAAAAAAUCCCUGGCAGGAAGAGGUGUUAGCCAGCCACAGUGGGCCAGGGACGGGUCCCUGUAUUUCCUCGAUGACCGUUCCGGGUUUUGGCAGAUUUACGUCCUCAGGCCGCCGUAUGAGCUUCCUGAGCAUGUCUACAUCAAAGGGCUAGAAGACUGUUGCCUUGGAUCCUUGUCAUUCAGCUUGGGCAGCUGCUCCUAUCAGUUUAUUGGCGACAACAUCGUUUGUUCAUACGUCUGUCAUGCUAUGAGCUACGUUGCUAUCUUGUGUCCAGAAACGAACUCUUAUAGGACAUUGGAUCUUCCCUUGGUGCACCUUCACCUGGAUGGUGUACGUCGAGUCAGUGAGAAUGAGUUCCUUCUGGUGGGUGCAACUCUCUCCGAGCCAACUGCUGUCUAUCUCGUGGUUCUGGGAAUGAGCGGCUCCCACGAAAUAGUACAACUACGAUCAUCCAUACCCACUAGCCUUCCUCCCAAAAUAUUUGCUACCGCUCAACCUUUUACCUGUCCCCGAACCCAAGGUCUCUUUCUUGAUGGCCUUGUCCACGGGUUCCUCCUACUUCCAUUUAACCCGGGAUACGUGGCUCCUUCUGGGACUUUGCCACCACUUUUGGUGUAUGCUCAUGGUGGACCAACAAACCAUUCCAACGCUGGAUGUUCCCUAGAAGCGCAAUUUUGGACUAGUCGAGGAUAUGCCCUGCUACUCCUAAAUUACGCGGGCUCAACUGGCUACGGCAAGGAUUACCGACGUCGCCUUGAUGCUGCAUGGGGUAUUGCGGAUUCUGCAGAUGCAUGUAGCGCAGCCUUAUAUUUGAGUAGUAACAAGGUCGUUGAUAGGAGACGACUGGGUAUCGUUGGACCUAGUGCGGGAGGAUAUCUUGCUCUGAAGACAGCUUGCGAUGCACCGGACCUCUGGGCUGCGAGUGUCUCAAUCUUUGGCAUCUCUAAUACACUAGAAUUUGCAAUGACUACCCACAAGUUUGAGAGUCAUUAUGCUGAUACCCUGCUAUUUGGUGAACAUGGUAGGGUUGAGAACGAGAAGCAAAUCCACCAAGAACGGAGCCCUAUUCACCAGGCAGACCGCAUUAAGGCGCCAAUUCUCCUCCUUCAUGGCACAGAGGAUUGGGUUGUCAGGCCUGAGCAAUCACUAAAGAUGGGUGAAGCUCUACAGAAACUUGGCAAGACCGCCAAUGUCAUCUUAUUCCCCAGGGAAGGGCAUAGUUAUUGGAAAGGAGAAGCGUUAAGUCGGAGCCUUGUUGUACAAGAACAUUGGUGGAGGAAACACCUAGUCAGGGCCUAA